AUGAGACACCACAAAUUUCCUGCUGUUUUUCUGGUUUUUCUGCUCGGUCUAAACUGGACAUGGGCUCAAGAAAAGAAUGAAAGGAAUGAUGAAGUGAAAUUAGCAGAAGAAACUGAUGUACAGCCUGAGAUUAAUGAGAACAACAUCAGCCCUGACAUCUGGGAUGAGCUGAAGGAGCUGAGAGACAUGGUGAUAAAACAAGAGGUGGAUCUGAGUUACAGCAAGAGGAAGAUAGAGAGCCUGGAGCAAGAGACAACCGCUCAAACAGCAGCUAUGUUGACCUUACAGACCAGAAUGACGGCCACGGAAAACGUGAAUGCAGCUCAGGCAGGAGAACUGUUGACCUUACUGACCAGACUGACAGCUACUGAAAGCAAAAACUCAGUAUUGGAGGCCAGAUUAAGCACCAGUGAAACUGAGGUGGAACAACUCAAGACAGAGAAUGCAGCUCAGGCAGCAGAACUGUUGACCUUACAGACCAGACUGGAGAAUGUUGAAAGUGAGAACACAGUACUGGAAAUCAGACUAAACUCCAGUGACACUAAGGUGGAAGAACUGAAGAGAGAAAAUGCAGAUCUGGUGGUGAGAAUAACAGCAAGUGAAAACAGUAUCACAGCUUUGGAAACCAGAUCAAGAUACAGUGAAACUCAAAUAGAAGAGCUAAAGAGAGAGAAUGCAGACCGUCCAAAGGUGGCGUUCUCUCUCAGUCUAACUGAUGAAAGAAUCAUCGGUCCGUUUGAUAAUGAGCUGACUCUGAAGUUCAGUAAAGUCUUCACCAACUUUGGCCUGGCCUACAAUUCAACUACAGGUAUCUUCACUGCUCCAGUGCGAGGUGUUUACUACUUAAGAUUCACUACAUGGAAACUCCCUGGAUCCGAUGAACUGCUGGGUGUUCGGGUCUAUCACAAUGACAAGAGAGUGAUGUGGAAUGAUCAAAAGGGAGACAGUCUGGUCCAAGGUAUUAUAGCAAAUGCACUGGUUCUUCAGCUGGAAAAGGGGGAUGAGGUCUACCUGACCCUACCUGCAGGUUGUUAUAUGUUUGAUAAUUAUAACAAUCAUACUACCUUCAGUGGAUUCCUGCUGUUUCCUGUGUAA